ACGAGGUGCAAACUCAGUCGGGGGCGCGCCUUAUCCGAACGUUCCCCGGGAAUUCCGUGUGGGUCGGCGUGCGCGCUUUCUCAUCCCGUUCAGCGAGCAGAGAGACCGGCUGCGGGCAAUCCUCUCAUCCUGACACAUCGAACCCACCCAUCACACAGGCCCGCGGCCCCGGCAUGAGUGCCGCAGCAAGCCAGGUGCAGUCGGACGUACAGCUGGGAUAACAGGGAUAUCGCAGAGGGGAGUGCUUCCCCUUCUUCCCUAUGUCCGGCCGGCACGCACACUUACAUGGUUUUCGGUGAUACACAGCGCUCCGCUGCAAUGUCUUCGCACCACGCAAUACAUCCCGAGACACGCAAGUUCACAAGGGCGCUGAGCAAGCCGGGCACGGCAGCGGAGCUCCGCCAGAGUGUGUCCGAGGUGGUGAGAGGAUCCGUGCUUCUGGCCAAACCAAAGCUCAUUGAACCUAUAGACUAUGAGAAUGUCAUUGUACAGAAGAAAACCCAAAUCCUGAAUGAUGCUCUCCGGGAGAUGCUUCUGUUCCCAUAUGAUGAUUUUCAGAUAGCAACACUAAGGCGGCAGGGCCGAUACAUUUGCUCAACCGUCCCAGAAAAUGCGGAGAAGGAAGCUCAGAGCCUGUUUGUCACGGAGUGCAUCAAAACAUAUCAUUCAGAUUGGCACGUCGUCACCUAUAAAUAUGAAGACUAUACAGGAGAUUUCCGACAGCUUCCAAGCAAAGGAGCCAAACCUGAGAAACUGCCAGUACAUGUGUAUGAAGUGGAUGAAGAUGCAGACAAAGAUGAGGAUGCUGCAUCCCUUGGGUCUCAAAAAGGAGGGAUCACGAAGCAUGGCUGGCUGUACAAAGGGAACAUGAACAGUGCAAUAAGUGUGACUAUGCGGUCUUUCAAAAGAAGAUUUUUCCACCUAAUACAGCUUGGAGACGGCUCAUAUAACCUCAAUUUCUACAAGGAUGAAAAAAUCUCCAAAGAGCCUAAAGGAUCAAUCUUUCUUGAUUCUUGCAUGGGCGUAGUGCAGAACAACAGGGUCAGACGUUUUGCUUUUGAGCUCAAGAUGCAAGACAAGAGCAGUUAUCUCUUGGCCGCAGACAGCGAAGCUGAAAUGGACGAUUGGAUAAGCAUGUUAAAUAAAAUCCUACAACUCAACUUUGAAGCCGCUAUGCAAGAGAAGAGAAACGGAGAGUCUCAUGAAGAUGAUGAGCACAGCAAGUUUGAAAACUCAUCUUCUAGCCUGGAUAGUUACCUCCCUGAUAAGAGUACAAGAGAUGCAGAGGCCAAAUUGAAGAAUGAAAGCAGAGUUAAACUGUUUGCCUUGGAUUCAGACACACAGAAACUUGAUUUUUCUGGAAUUGAGCCUGAAAUAAAACCUUUUGAGGAGAAAUUUGGGAAACGCAUUUUAGUGAAGUGCAAUGAUCUAGCGUUCAAUCUUCAGAGUUGUGUGGCUGAAAAUGAGGAAGGACCAACCACAAACGUCGAGCCUUUUUUUGUCACUUUAUCUUUAUUUGACAUUAAAACCAACAAGAAGAUUUCUGCUGACUUCCAUGUGGACUUAAACCAUGCCUCUGUGAGGCAGAUGAUCCCAGCUACUUCACAGCAGCAGUUAAACGGCGCUGGGGACUUUGGACGACGGAUCAUGGGAUCCAUUCAAGAGUCCAUGCUGCAAUACCCCAAACAGGGAAUAUUCUCUGUCACAUGUCCCCACUCCGAUAUCUUCCUCGUAGCCCGGAUAGAAAAGGUCCUACAGGGAAGCAUUACACACUGUGCCGAGCCUUACAUGAAGAGUUCGGAUUCCACAAAGGUUGCACAGAAGGUUCUGAAAAAUGCCAAACAAGCUUGUAGCAGGCUCGGGCAGUACAAGAUGCCAUUUGCUUGGGCGGCAAGAACCCUUUUUAAAGAUUCUUCAGGAACAUUAGAUAAAGCUGCGAGAUUCUCUCCCAUUUACAAGCAAGACAGCAACAAGCUUUCUAAUGAAGAUAUGCUUAAGCUGCUAGCAGAUUUUAAAAAGCCCGAGAAGAUGGCCAAACUCCCUGUCAUACUAGGAAAUCUUGACAUACACAUUGACAACGUAUCUCCUGAUUUCCCCAAUUAUGUCAACGCAUCCUACAUUCCCAUGAAACAGUUUGAGAACAAUUCCGACACAGUAGUAACAUUUGAAGUAGAGGAGUUUGUGCCCUGCAUACCCAAACAUACCCAGCCAUUUACAAUCUACAACAACCACCUCUAUGUCUAUCCUAAACACUUGAAAUAUGACGGUCAAAAGGCAUUUGCCAAGGCAAGAAAUAUAGCAAUAUCCAUUGAAUUCAGAGAUUCAGACGAUGAGGAAUCACAGCCAUUACUGUGUAUAUACGGAAGACCAGGUGGUCCCGUGUUUGUGAAAAACGCCUUGGCCUGUGUUUUACACCAUCAACAGAAUCCAGAGUUCUACGAUGAGAUUAAAAUAGAACUGCCCACGCAACUUCACGAAAAGCACCAUUUAUUGUUCACUUUCUACCAUGUCAGCUGCGACACUUCAAGCAAGGGAGGAACGAAGAAGAAAGAUGUUAUUGAAAGCCAAGUCGGAUAUGCCUGGUUGCCUCUGCUGAAGGACGGACGCGUGGUGACGAAUGAGCAGAAUAUUCCUGUGUCUGCUAACCUUCCAGCCGGAUACCUCAACUACCAGGAGCUCGGAAUGGGCAAGCAUUCUGGUCCAGAAAUCAAGUGGGUUGAUGGCAGCAAGCCGUUGCUUAAAGUUGCUACUCACCUGGUUUCCACAGUUUAUGUACAGGAUCAGCACUUGCACAACUUUUUCCAGUAUUGUCAGAAAACAGAGUCUGGAGCUCAGGCCUUGGGUAGCGAACUUGUGAAAUAUUUAAAGAGUCUACAUGCAAUGGAAGGGCAUGUGAUGAUAGCUUUUCUGCCCACAAUCCUGAACCACAUGUGCCGCGUUCUCACUCGGGCAACUCAAGAAGAGGUUGCAGUGAAUGUAACGAGGGUCAUUAUUCAUGUUGUGUCCCAGUGCCACGAAGAAGGUUUGGAGAGCUACCUGAGAUCUUAUGUUAAGUAUGUCUACAAGGCUGAGCCGUACAUUAGUUCUGAAUCUAGAACGAACAAGACCAUCCAUGAGGAACUGGCUAAAACCAUGACCACCAUCCUCAAACCAUCAGCUGACUUCUUAACCUGCAACAAACUUCUCAAGUAUUCUUGGUUUUUCUUUGAAAUCUUGAUAAAGUCCAUGGCCCAACAUCUUUUCGAGAGUUCAAAAGUAAAACUGGCGCGGAACCAAAGAUUUGAAGCGUCGUACCAUCACACGGUAGAAACGUUAGUCAAUUUGAUCGUUCCUCACAUCACCCAGAAAUAUAAGGAGAACCCGGAUGCGUCCAGGAAUGCAAAUCACAGCCUGGCUUUCUUCAUUAAGAGGUGCUUUACAUUCAUGGACAGAGGCUUUGUUUUUAAGCAAAUCAAUAAUUACAUGAGUUUUUUUGCCCCCGGAGAUCCUAAGACUCUUUUCGAGUACAAGUUUGAGUUUCUGCGAGUUGUCUGUAAUCACGAACAUUACAUCCCGCUGAACCUGCCUAUGCCUUUUGGAAAAGGCAGAAUCCAAAGAUAUCAAGACCUACAGCUUGAUUACACGCUGACAGACGAGUUCUGUAGGAACCAUUUCUUGGUCGGCCUCCUUCUAAGGGAGGUGGGGAAUGCAUUACAGGAAUUCAGAGACAUCCGGCAGAUUGCAAUAACUGUGCUUAAGAGCUUGAUGAUCAAGCAUUCCUUUGAUGACAGAUAUUCUUCAAGGAGCCAGCAAGCGAGGAUAGCCACGUUGUACCUUCCGUUAUUUGGCCUUUUAAUUGAAAAUGUUCAACGCAUUAAUGUGAAAGAUACUUCACCUUUCCCUGUUGUGCAAAAUAAUGUAAAAGAUGAGACGCCUGUGAGUGUGUCAUCUGGUAAUCCCUUGGUGACACCUCAAAAGCCAGGUAAUUCUCUGGACAACAGCCUGCAUAAAGAUCUCUUUGGUGUUAUCUCUGGCACAGCCUCUCCGCAUACCUCAUCCACUCCGAACAUAAACAGUGUGAGAAACGCCGAUUCCAGAGGAUCUCUCAUUAGCACAGAUUCCGGAAACAGUCUUCCAGAGAGAAACAAUGACAAAAGCGGUUCUCUUGACAAGAAUCACCAUGGUGGCUCUUUAGGAAACUCCUUAUUGCGUUGUGACAAACUGGAGCAAGGAGAAAUCAGAAGCCUCCUCAUGUGCUUCCUUCAUAUUUUGAAAAGCAUGUCUGACGAUGCCUUGUUUACUUAUUGGAAUAAAGCAACUGCAACAGAACUGAUGGAUUUUUUCACUAUCUGCGAAGUGUGCCUUCAUCAGUUCCAGUACAUGGGGAAGCGAUACAUAGCCAGGAACCAGGAGGGGUUGGGACCCAUAGUUCAUGACCGAAAGUCUCAGACAUUACCUGUUUCCCGUAACAGAACAGGGAUGAUGCAUGCCAGAUUACAGCAACUGAGCAGCCUGGAUAACUCUCUCACUUUUAACCACAGCUACGGGCAUUCAGAUGCAGACAUUCUUCACCAGUCCUUACUUGAAGCAAACAUAGCUACAGAAGUAUGCCUUACAAUCCUGGAUACGUUGUCCCUGUUCACCAUGGCGUUCAAGAACCAGCUAGUUGCUGAUCAUGGACACAAUCCCUUAAUGAAGAAGGUGUUUGAUGUUUACCUGUGCUUUCUCCAGAAAAACCAAUCUGAAACGGCUUUAAAAAACGUCUUCACUGCAUUGAGGUCUUUGAUUUACAAGUUUCCCUCAACGUUUUAUGAAGGAAGAGCCGACAUGUGUGCUGCCUUGUGCUACGAAAUCCUCAAGUGCUGUAACUCCAAACUUAGCUCCAUCAGAACAGAAUCCUCCCAACUCCUCUACUUCCUAAUGAGAAAUAACUUUGACUACACUGGAAAGAAAUCCUUUGUUAGAACACAUCUGCAGGUGAUUAUAUCAGUAAGCCAGCUAAUAGCCGAUGUGGUCGGAAUCGGUGGCACAAGAUUCCAGCAGUCGCUGUCCAUCAUCAACAACUGUGCCAACAGUGACCGUCUUAUUAAGCACACAACCUUCUCCUCGGAUGUCAAAGAUCUAACCAAAAGGAUCCGCACGGUUCUGAUGGCCACAGCUCAGAUGAAGGAGCAUGAGAAUGAUCCUGAGAUGCUGGUGGACCUGCAGUACAGCUUGGCCAAAUCAUAUGCCAGCACUCCAGAGCUUAGGAAGACGUGGCUGGACAGUAUGGCCAGGAUUCAUGUCAAACAUGGAGAUCUCUCAGAGGCCGCAAUGUGCUAUGUCCACGUGGCUGCGCUGGUAGCGGAAUACCUUACGCGGAAAGGAAUGUUCAGGCAGGGCUGUUCGACCUUUAGAGUGAUCACCCCAAAUAUUGAUGAGGAAGCAUCAAUGAUGGAGGAUGUUGGGAUGCAGGAUGUUCACUUUAACGAGGAUGUGCUAAUGGAGCUUCUUGAGCAAUGUGCAGACGGGCUGUGGAAAGCAGAACGUUACGAGCUGAUUGCGGACAUCUAUAAACUCAUUAUUCCCAUCUAUGAAAAGCGCAGAGAUUUCGAGAGAUUAGCCCAUCUGUACGACACGUUGCAUCGCGCUUACAGUAAAGUCACCGAAGUGAUGCACACAGGCAAGAGGCUCCUGGGGACGUACUUCAGAGUGGCCUUCUUUGGACAACAAUACCAGUUUACAGACAGUGAAACAGAUGUGGAGGGUUUCUUUGAAGAAGAAGAUGGAAAAGAAUAUAUUUACAAAGAGCCAAAGCUGACACCCCUUUCAGAAAUUUCGCAACGGUUGUUAAAGCUGUACUCUGACAAGUUUGGUGCUGAGAACGUCAAAAUGAUCCAGGAUUCUGGCAAGGUCAAUCCAAAAGAUUUGGACUCCAAGUAUGCCUAUAUUCAAGUGACACAUGUCACCCCUUACUUUGAAGACAAGGAGUUGCAAGAACGAAAAACAGAGUUUGAGAAAAGUCACAAUAUACGCCGUUUUGUGUUUGAAAUGCCUUUUACGAUGUCUGGAAAAAGACAAGGAGGCGUAGAAGAGCAAUGGAAGCGCCGUACAAUCCUGACAGCCAUACACUGUUUCCCGUAUGUGAAGAAGAGAAUCCCUGUCAUGUAUCAGCACCACACAGACCUCAAUCCAAUAGAGGUGGCCAUAGACGAAAUGAGCAAGAAGGUGGCUGAGCUCCGACAGCUUUGUUCCUCAACUGACGUCGAUAUGAUUAAAUUACAACUAAAACUGCAGGGCAGCGUCAGCGUACAGGUUAAUGCAGGCCCUCUAGCCUAUGCAAGAGCUUUCUUGGAUGACACAAACACUAAAAAAUAUGCAGAUAACAAAAUUAAGCAACUCAAGGAAGUAUUCAGACAAUUUGUUGAAGCGUGUGGUCAAGCUUUGUGUGUUAAUGAAAAACUCAUAAAAGAAAAUCAGUUUGAAUAUCAAGAAGAAAUGAAAGCAAACUACAGGGAAAUGGUCAAAGAGCUUUCUGAAAUAAUGCACGAGCAAAUUUGGUGUGGAGAAGAGAAGAUCAGUGUUAUACCGAAUUCACUUCACAUUUUUAAUGCCAUAAGUGGAACUCCUACAAGCACAACAGUACAGGGAAUGACCAGUUCUUCCUCCAUCGCGUAAUCUGUAAACAUCCCUUUCAUUUCAAAGCAUGCCAUGUCUAUGGCUAACCCAGGACAAAGAAAAGAGCCUUGAGCCCAGCAGAAAUCCAUAGCAGCCACUUCAUAUUUCCUCCACUAAAGUGCAAAGGAUUAAACAACAUUAGUUGUUGUGAUCGUAGGAGCUCUCAAAUCUGUUUUUUUGUUUUGUUUGAUGCUAAAUUUUCAUUUCAAAAGUUUAAAGGAAAGAAGCAUAUAUUGAUAUUUUCUAUGCUAGCUAUGUAACUACUUCUAAACAAACCAGGAUUGAAGAGAAUAGCACAUUAGGUAGAUGAUUGUACAGUAGCGGUCUAGGGAUGUACAGUAUAGAACAUUAAAUGUUACACUAAAGUUUACAUGUUACUGUUGUGACCAAGCACACCUUGCAUAUAUUACAUCAGGGUUUUCCCAAUUUUUUUUUUUUUAUCUGCUCCACCUUAAUUGUUUCCAACACAUAACUUUUCCUCACCAGAAGAUUUAAUAGAUUAUUAAGUGCUCCAAUAUUAAGCAUUGGUGUCAUUGUUUCUUUUAAUCUCCAAGCUUCCAGCCCGAAAAAAGUAUUACAUAGACAGACAGAAUCUACACUUCUCGUACUACUUAGGUCCACAUUGCAUUUGCAAGUCCGUCCAGGAAAGGAGAUGGCGGGGAAAAUGUAUAUAUUGUUAAUUGAUGCAGACCAUAACUUCUGUACAUAAGUGUCACAUUUCUAUGCAUUCUUUUUAAUGUUCAUCGCUAAAACUUUUAUUGUGAGAAAAAAUGUGCUUUUUCAUUUUAUCUGCUAUAUAUUUUGUCUUUAUAGUUUAUUCUUGUACAUAAAUGAGUGCAAUACAAAGAUGUAUACAGUCUUUGCUUUUAUUAAGUUUAUACACUGUUUAAAAACAAAAAAAACCUUUUUUAUUUUUUAUUUUGCCAAAGCAAAGAGUAUGUAUUAGUGGUCAUGAUUACUGUGGUAUAUGGUGGUGUUAUUUAAUGCUUUGAUCAUACUGUUCUUUCAAAAUAUUAAUUUAGUAAUUUUAUAUUGGAAGGGGUGAAUACAAAUUUUAAAUUUUAUUUAACUGGAAACACUGUCCUGCUGUAAUUAAUAUUCUGUACUACAUAUGUAUUAAAAGAAAUCACUAAUU